CAGUUCUUGAGGACAUCAAGGAGUUCAUGGUUCUUGGGGAGCCUCUAAAGCUAUUUCGCCAUUACUUCGCUCGUUUCGCUGCAGGAGAAUCGAUCAAGGAGUGGAAUGCUUUGAUAAAGGGAGAUGAUGGUUUAUCACCAAGACAAGAAAGUGAAAUCUUACCAACGCAAAACCAACCGCUGCAGACUGGUCCUAUAUCCUUGGGAGCUGUGCUGCAGGACGCAAUUACUUGGCACCCGGACAAGAAGUCGUUUCGAGUGUUUUGGAGAUGUCGUUGUAAUCGUCGAUUUGAAGCUCGAAUACCAGGAACAGAUCGACGAGUUGCAGAGGAAUUCUUAUGUCAAAUGGAUUGGAAUGUGCAGCGAGACGGCCCAAUGGUCGCACACCUCUUCACUUCCAAAUGGCUCGAGGAUCUAAUUUGGACUUUGGCCCCAGGCCUUCUUGGCAGAUUUUCAUGGGAAACGUCAACUCUUUCAGCAAACUCUUCCGACCUGGAGGCUGGCGGGGGCUCAAGGUUUGGAAGAACCAUCUCCGGGUCCUCUGGACGAUCAUCUGAUCUAUUAUCCGGAGGAUUUGAUGGUUCACCAGUCCAAGAAAUGGACAUCGGGACGAGACCCAUUUCCUCAACUACCAGAGUCACUGACCCCAUUUACAUUUGUCUGUACAAGCGGAAGGGCGGUUUCUGGCGACUACGGCACGCCAAAUUACCCCGAUUUGGCACGAAAAGCCAACCGCGGGGCAAUAACACCAUAGAGUUGCCCGCAUAUUCACUAAACAUGAAUAAGGUACUUUUCUAUGCCUUGAGAGAAAAGCUAUUGCGCAAGAGGAGCUCUCGGACCUCAAAAAUGGGGUGGAGUGCGAGUCUUCGGCAGUGGAAGUUGAAGAUAGGAGGUUGCUUGAGGAGAUCAACUCACUGGCUAUUGCAAUUAUUCAACCCCAUUUCAAUCUCUGGGUUCGAGUUCUGGGAGUUCAAAUUAAACCCAGCCCCAAAGCUUGUCGAUCCCGUUCAGAAGGACAAGCUACCUCACGAACCAGGGCUUUCUCAAACAUACCUUAAUGUCAUGGACCUAAAUGGACAUAUACUAGAUGAAUGGGAAUACUUGGCGUUGACAGGACAGGAUCUGAACAACUUCAAAGGGCUCAUCGGAGGUAGCUUUAUGCUCCAUCUUCUUAAAUAUCCUGACGAUGUGAAACCUGAUUUACCAAUAUGGACAGGGCUUCCAAAGAAGAUUCGGACAAAACUCAUCAAUCAAGACAGAAUCCAGAAGGCGGGGUGGGGAUUCCAAGUCGAGUACGAAUGGAAUUCGGCAGCUUUCGUGGUUAUGAUGUGUCCUAUUAUUGUUCUCGGGUUCUUAAUUACUACGUUUCUGUCAAUCAAGUUUCAAUGGCCUAUCUCUGCGUGGAUUACUCUCGUCCUCGCACCAUUGACAGUUGUCACAUUUAUCAAUACCAUAUUAGGUGGUAUAGUGAAGCAAAAAGACCUGUCGAAGUAAAUCUCGAAUGU